AGAACUGCGAGCCUCUUGACAAGCUGGCUGUUUAGUCUGAGGGAUGAGGUUGCUGCAGCAAAAAGUGCGUUACAUGACAGCACAGCUUCGCUGCUGGAGAUGAAAAACCAAUAAUCCCAGAAAGCAGCGCACAGGGCGGGCUGGGCCAGCCAAGGACUUCGUGAAGGCUCAUCUGGACCUCCCGAAGACCAGUAGGUACUGCAAAGAGCCAUGGGGGUGUUGAUGUCCAAGCGGCAGACAGUGGAGCAGGUACAGAAGGUGAGCCUGGCUGUGUCUGCCUUCAAGGAGGGGCUGCGGGACAGGCCUUCCAUCCGACGCACGGGUGAGCUACCGGGGUCCCGCCGUGGCACUGUGGAGGGCUCGGUCCAGGAGGUGCAGGAGGAGAAAGAUGCAGAGUCAGGCGCCCCAGUGGUCCAGGAAGAGAGCAGUGUCAAACGUGCAGCCUGGGAGCGGCUCCGAGAUGGGCGUGGAGUAGAGCCUGAGGAGUUUGACGGGACCAGUCGUUUCACACCCCCUGCCUUCAUCCGCCCCACCCGGAAGCUGGAUGAUGACAAGCCUCCAGAAAUCCGCUUGGAGCCCAGAGAGCCUGUUGUCAACGAUGAGAUGUGUGAUGUCUGUGAGGUCUGGACAGCUGAGAGCCUUUUCCCAUGCAGGGUUUGCACCAGGGUUUUCCAUGAUGGCUGCCUGCGCCGCAUGGGCUACGUCCAGGAAGACAGUGCAGCGGAGGUGAUGGAGAUGGCCCACACGGAAACAGGCUGGAGCUGCCACUACUGUGACAAUAUCAACCUGCUGCUUACUGAGGAGGAAAUGUACAGCCUCACAGAGACCUUUCAGCAGUGUAAAGUCAUCCCUGAUUGCUCCCUGACGCUGGAGGACUUCCUGCGCUACCGCCACCAAGCAGCGAAGCGGGGGGACAGUUGCAGGGCCCUGAGUGAGGAGCAAGAAGAGCAGGCAGCCCGCCAGUUUGCAGCCCUGGACCCUGAACACCGAGGCCACGUAGAGUGGCCUGACUUCUUGUCCCACGAGUCCCUCCUACUUCUGCAGCAGUUGCGUCCCCAGAACUCUCUGUUGAGGCUUCUGACAGUUAAGGAGCGGGAACGAGCCAGAGCCACCUUCCUGGCCCAGGGCAGUGGGAGCACCAUCAGUGAAGCAGAGUGCCACAGGGCUCAGCACUCUUGGUUUUGCAAACGCCCCACGGAGGCUCCUUCCUGCAGCGUCAGCAUCAGCCAUGUGGGUCCCAUAGCAGACAGCAGCCCGGCCAGCAGCAGCAGCCAGAGUCAGGAUAAGACUCCGGUGCCCACAGAGCAGGAGUCCAGAUUUGUGGACUGGCCCACUUUUCUGCAAGAGAAUGUCCUCUACAUCUUGGCUGCUCGCCCCAACAGUGCAGCCAUUCACCUGAAACCCCAGGAUAGCAUGGAGCAGAGAAGCUCGGUCCGGGGCCAGUGACAUCCUCUUCCUCCUCUCCUUUCUCCCUUUUCUUCACCAACCUCUGGCACUGAGACUCAUGGGGAUGGGGCACUGCCAGCAUCUUAAUUUGUCACUGAGCUUUAUGGCCCUGAAAUCACCGUUCCCCUCACAACAGAGGCAGUGGGUGCACUGCCACAGGGAGAAGCCCUGGGAGCGGUGGCGCAUCUGCUCUGGAGCACCCCCUGCCCUUGUGUCACGGACUGGACCUGCCACCACAUGCAUAUGUGCGUGCACACGCACACGUCCAUGCCUUCAGAAGCCUGGUUCUUUUUGGUCGUAAAAGGGCAAGAGUUCCUUUGUGAAGCCCCUGGUAUAGAGCAGGGGUCUCUGCUCACCCCUUCUGUUGGCCAGCUCUGAUUUCUAGUAGAUACGUCUCUGGCCAAGUGAUUUUAGUAAGGGGAUGGCUCACAUGCCCUCCUAGAGAUGCUGACAGGCUCCCUCUGUCCCCCCUGGACAUCCCUCUGCGGUAAGCCAUGUUGCUAGUAGGCAUGUACUAGGUACCCCAGCUAUACAGAAGUGGGAAAAGUUGAAGACCACCACUGCAGUUCAGCCUGUUAUUUAUUUACAUUUCUGGUGACAGAGAAGGCAACCAGCCUGUGGAAUCCUGAUUGGAAGAGGGGUGGGCAGCCCCUCCUGGAGACCCAGAACUCUAGGAUCCCCUCAGCCAGGUUAUCUGAGUCCAAAAGUCUGUAGCAGAACAGUCACAAACCAAGGAGAGCCUUGUUGACCCAUUUUUCAGAUGGUAGCUCAAGGCCCAGAGCCCGAGGGGCCUGAAUGGAACAAAUAUGCUGGCAGGAGUUACACAGCCCUCUGUGUGAGAUGCUCCACCAAGUCAGCCACCGCAGACCCAUGAGGACAGGGCUCAUGCUUUCCCAUCGUUCCAGCUCACCUCAACCGUAGACCUGGAAAAGUGUGUUAUGGUUUGGAGAACGACAGCCCUAGAAAGAGCAGCUCUGCAGAAGCCCUGAGCAGGCACUCCUGUCAGCCAUCCUGAUGAUGAUAGGAGGCCAGGACUGAAGAGGAAGACUGGCAUCUCCGCUCUCAAGCAGAGAAGGUCCUGGGAAAGCUUCGCAGAAGGAGAAUUUUCCUCCUCUUCCUGUCACUGGGAGUGGCCUGAAUUGCUGCUAUUCCCCCCUGCUCCCUACAUGUCCUUCCCCUCCAGGCUGGGGCCUGGGUCCCGUAAGGGAGGCCUUCUGGGGCAAGCAGAGUCUGCCACAGGGCACCAAAUCUGGCCUCCAAGCCCCAGCCUUCCUUCGCAAGUUCUCACCAAGUCUGGAGUCAGUGUGCGUUGUGGGUCAGUCCUGGCCCUGAGGCCUAACUUCUAAGUUUUUGUUUCCAGCCUAAUGACUUGGGUGUAGCCAGAUCUGACUACCAAGAGUUAUUCAAGGGGAGUUGAGCUCAGUCAAGCGGAAGCUUGCAUAUCUUCACUGCUUGAGGCGCUAGUGCUAAAUUGGGUGCUUACAGAAGGAGGAGUGGGCCACUCCGUGUUGAGAUGCGGAGAGGAAGUGGGGAGGUGCGGCCAGGGGCUCCGUGAGAGCCCCGUAUGGUCGCCUCCUGUAGCAACUUCCUGAGCUGGCAGCAGGGUGGUAAGUUGCUGGAGUUGGACUUUUCAGGGUUGAAGUGAAGACGACAGGAUACAAAUCUGGGUUCAUAGGUAUGGCCCUGCACAUUUCAAACUCCACAGCUUUUGUAAAUACUCUAGCCACACUCCCAGGAUUGAUCCAUGGGAGGGGUCGUUAUUCCGUCUAGUCAAAGCAAAGGGGGGGGGGGGAAUAGCACAUGACUCUUGGGCCCAAAAACUGUAUGUGAAGCAGCAGGGCUGGGGUUUUGCACUAAGAUUAAAGCACAUUAAGCACAGGGGCUCUUGCUUAUCCUCCAGGCGAAUCACCCUCUGUGCUGGUGGCCUUGGGCUGCCUGAUCUCAUGGACAGGGCGUUUUGAGUAGAGACCAGCUCUGGGCUUUGAGAGCUGAACAGCUUUUUUCCUCCUGCCUCAUCAGUCACAGGAACUGAAGUCCAUCUUGUUCCCUGAUCCUUCACAGAUCAAAGUGAUGCCUACCUCUUUGGAGCUGCUGCUUCUAGCUCUCUGUGGGUGAGUGAGGGAGUCUGGGGGCCAGAUCAGGCCUGUACAUCCCAGGGCCUGGCGCAGCAGCCUCGGAGUUCUUCCUCAGCAGGAGCAGGCCCAUCUGGGAGCCCCCUUCCCCCUCUUCCAGGAGAGCAAGCUUCCUUGGCGGGGCCUGCUGCGGGGGACCCAGGGGACAUUGCCCCGGCAAAGAAUGGAGUUCCCAGUCCACAGGAGUUCUCGGAAGCAGAAAAGCACAGAGGAGCAGCCGGCCUCUUCUCCCUAGUAUCUAGCUUUUUACCAAAGGGGCGGUUCCAUGCUCCCCCUGUCCAGAGUUGCAGAAGCCCCACCCCGAGCUGUCCAGAAUCUCCCUUUGCAGUGUCCUAACCCUUAGCCCCCCUCUGCGGUACCAGUACUAUAGAGUUGUUAAAGCUUUUGUAAACCUAGUGAGGCCUGUGCCCUUUCCUUUUCAAGCCCUUUCAUCACUGUGACUCUAUAAAGUCCUGCCAGGUACACAUAGAAAAUGAGCGUCUGGCUCUAAUAAGGAUAUGAGAAAAUGUUUCCGUCUUUUCUCAGCUGCACAAAAUCGAGAUCCGUGCUUCCCACCAAGGCGGGCUUGAGUUAAAGUUAGGCUCCUCUGAACACCACUUAUCCUAAGAUAGUUUUCCCCCCAGCAUUCCUCGUCCCCAUGUUCAGAAUUAAAUACAGGGGCAGCUGGGUGACCCAGGAGAGCUGCAGGGACAGAGGGGCAGCUGAGGCAGUGGCCAUGGUCAGAUGGUCUCUCUAACCUCUCUAGUUCUGCUCCUUGGCUUCCUCUCCUGAGGCCAGCCCUCCCCAACAGAACAUUUGAGCGGUGGCCCCUAUGAUAUCCCAGGGAUGGAGCAGUCCCCUCACUCGCAGGUACUGAUUCAACUCGCAAGUGCUCUUCUUCCUUUGAGGACAGCAGCAGAAACCAUGAGUACAUUGCCUCGUUCUGCCCUCAGCCCAAGUGAUGGGCUGGCAGGGCAGACACCGGCCUUUCUGGCCCUGGUGCUCCCCGUGGGAUGUCACCCUGGCCUUGUUUAAGUGGCUGAGUCUCGAGGUUCCCCUAUUCCUAUCACCAAUAUGGGAAGCACAGAAUUAAAUCACCAGGGAAGAGGGCACCUCACUGGGGAGUGAGCCUCAGGGUUGUACCCAGGCUUCACAGCCCGAAGCACAACAUCAACCACUGCAGUAUCAUAGCUUCAGUAAGAAGGUGCCAGGAAACCCUAAAGCCAAGGGGAAGCACAGCAGGGGCUGCUGGCGGGGUCCCAGGCCAGCCAUGACCACCCCAGAGCCAAGCGUAACCUCAAAGCAGGACGGGUAGCAGGUUCCAGUGAUCCUGCAAGCAUGUUCCCUUUAAACCAGAGUGAAGACAGAUAUAUUCUUGGCACUAAAAGGCAGAACAACCUUGACACCAGAAUUCAGGACAUCCUGGCAGCACCUCUGAUCAUCGUCCCUUUCUACUCUCACCCCUAUUUCUAGUGAAAUAAAAUUGCUGCUUUCUCCAGGUCACUUAGUUGGAGUUUGCCCAGGAUACCUCUCUGGGCCCCUGGCUGUAGCCCAGACAAGGGAGCUCUCCUGGUGUGGGGGAUAUUAGUACAUCAUGCCUCUUCCUGACAGCUCAGCCCUGGUGUGUGGUGGGCCUGGGCAUUUUCCCUGCUGUUGUUUUCCUGCUGCCACUAUUUUUGGCAACCUUGAACAGAAAAUGAACUGAUUACAGAAUUUCCACCACACCCAACUAGCACUAAGGAAAAGCUUCUUCCCUCUGGGCCACAUGCCCCAAUGACCCAGAGCAUGGAGACGGGGUCAGGACUGGGCCAGCGACUGAGAAGCCCAACCACAUUCCAGUCCGUACAGCACUGGGUAGGCACAACCCCAGACGAGAACGUCAGGGUAUACUAGCACGGCCUAUCCGAAUCCACAGUGAAGCAAAGGCCUUCAAGCUUAGCUUCCAGCCAUUAAGGGCUGGCCUAUGAUCUGUCUUCCAGCCAAACACAGGCUUGUGAGGGGAACUCUGAGAGCACUUGGGUAGCCAAGGAGGAUCCAAUGCCCUCUGGUCCCUCAUGCCCUUCCCAUGUGCUUUUCUGCGGAAGGUAACUUGACAGUAAGCUGAGGGGAACAUCCUCAAGCCCUGUCUUCUUCCCACCUACAGCUGCAUGCUCCUCCCUACGGCCCAGCCUUCACGGGCACUCCUAGGAGCUGAUGCUCCCAGGGGCUGGACGGCUGUGGAAAUCAUAAUAAAGAGAUUGUGAUGCUA